AUGGCAGAAAUAUCAAAUUAAUCGUACUUUAUAACAGCAGGUCGUAAGGUAAAACUAAUUUACAAAUCUAUUCCUAAUAUAUCAAAUUUAGAGAGGUAAACAUAAGUUGAGAACUAAAGAAGAGGGAAUAGGAACAAUUUGAUUCCAACUAGAUAAAAUGAAGAUCAAUUUAAUGAUUGUUCAACCCUAUUAUAGAAAAUUGAAGAUUUAUUAGUCAGAAAUUAUGAAAAAUUUAAAAGCCAAAUUGAAUAGAAUGCAGAUUAAUUGUUAGAUGGAUAUGUGAGAUUGUAAUGGUUAGUGGGCAUCGCAUUUAAAAAAACAAAUUGCGAUCUUCGAGCACUGUGUGAUGAACUAAAAUAACAAAUUGAAGAAUAAAACAAAUAAAUAUCAGAAAAACAAUAAAUUAUCCAGAAGAUGAGUAAUCAAGCCAAAGAAGAUAUUGCAGCUGAAGAGAAAAAAAUAAAGGAAUUAAACUAAACCAUUCGUUAAUUAAAAGAAAAGCAGUAGGAAUUCAUUCAAUAAAAGGAAAACCUAAAAAAUAAGUUGGAGGCUGAAAUAGGACAUCUUACAAUAAAUCAAUAAGCUCUGCAAUUAUAAAUAACAAAAAAAGAUGAAAUAUUCUAGCAAAUAUUAGAUGAGGAAAAAUAGAAAUGUACUGAGGCUUUAAAUCAAUUAAAUCUAAAAAAUGAAGUGGAAACCUUCAAAAAUUCUGAUGAGAGAUUAUAAUUAAUUAUAUAAAAGGAAGUCGACAUAGAACAACAAACUGAGGAUAUAAGUAUAAAGGUAAAUGAUAUAUUAAAAAUUACUUAAUAAAAUUUUAAGAGAGAAAAAUGGUAAUAAAUAAAGAAUCAAUUCUCAAGUACAAAGGACUAGAUUACAGCUGUUAUAAAGAGUUUAGAACAAUAUAUUUAAAAAUAAAGGCGUAUAUGGGGUUCAGCAAUUUAAGUUGACUCUGCAUUAAAUUCAUAGGUAAAACAUAAUAUAGAAAUUAUGAUGGCUUAUUCUAAAAUCUUUGAAAAUUUUUAUAAAACAGUCGAAAAAUUAAUAGAGCUGCUUGAUAAAUAUUAAAUAGUUAGCAACCUUGUUUAAAUAGAAAGGAAUAAUGAAAACCUCAACAAUAAUCCUUCUCCUUCUAUUUAACCUAGAUAGCCAAAAAAUGAAAAUUAAACAUCUUAAGCUUAAAUAGAGACUCAAUCUAAUGAUACAAUUAAGAGGAAUGUAAGCAAAUCGGCAACAAUACUUAAGAAUUUAGAUAGAAAAAAAAAAAUUACUCAUAAGGAAACAUUAGAUUGCAAAAGGAACAAGAGAUGA